GAGUUUAGAAACAGUAGACUCUGAAUGCCCUGUGGUCAGUGGUAGUUGCCAGGGAAAAAUUCUCGCCGCUUUAUUUCGCAAAAUUGAAGUCGAGUUUAGCAGUUAAUUAUUUAUGUUUUGGAAGAAUCAUCUUGCGGUAUGCGAGCUGCUAAUUGCCAUGGCACAGACCCUAUCAUGAACUGUUAUAAAGCGUUGGAACCGUUUCGCUUAGCACAGAAGAAUCGGAAUUGAGCAAGGCCAUCUACUUGCUUUUGUUGCUGUUGGGUUUCUAUGCUGCUGAUACGGGGGUUGGCACCUGCUACUGAAAUUCAUUUGAAACAAUAUGGAGGUGAAUUAUUUUUAAAGACAAAUACUGGCUUGUUUGCAGAAGACUUUGACUUAUAUGACAGAUCAAGGCGAAGAAAAUCAUGUUAUUUCAGGAUCGUAGUAGGACAUCUGUUCAGAUUAAUAAUGUUCAACUUAUGUAAACGAGAAAUUUAAUGGUGAUUACAGGCUGAAUAUCUCGUCAUGAAAGCUAGAAGAUCAUGUCUCAAGGUUUUUGUAGCAUUUGCAGUAUUUGCAUCCACUCUAUCAUUCUCGGUUGCAGCCUUGGUUAUAUACAAACCGGUAGAUCCCGAAAUCUCAUGGCAGGAAAGCUCUCGGUCGUUACAGCGAAAGCUGCUUGUGACUAAUAACUCGAAUGACCAUGGAGAAUAUCCUGAAGAUAUAUUUAGCGACACGGAACUCAAGAAAGGGGCUGUUGUCUUGCAUAUCAUAGGGAUCUGUUACAUGUUUCUUGGCCUUGCGAUUGUAUGCGACGAGUUUUUCGUCCCAGCUUUGCAUGUCAUAUCAGAUAUACUAUCAAUUUCAGAUGAUGUUGCUGGGGCCACGUUUAUGGCAGCGGGGGGAAGUGCCCCAGAACUGUUCACCUCGAUUCUAGGAUUAUUCGUCGCAAAAACCAACAUAGGGUUUGGAACCAUAGUUGGGAGUGCAGUUUUUAACGUUUUGUUUGUAAUUGGGAUGUGCGUUGUCUUCAGCAGAACAGUCCUGCACCUCACUUGGUGGCCAUUGACGCGAGAUAGUAUGUUCUAUUCAUGCGCCCUUGGGCUACUGAUAUACUUCUUUGAGGAUUCAAUAAUCUCAUGGUGGGAAUCCUUAACUCUCUUAUGCGUUUAUAUACUUUAUGUGAUUUUCAUGUACUUCAAUGCAAGAGUUGAAUCGAAGGUUAAACGUGCUAUUGCCGUCUUCAAAGGGACAGAAGGAAAAGUCGCUCCUCAAAAUGGCAAUGAGCAUCAUUAUCAAAACUGCACCCUUCAGCUUGUCAUCCAUACGCUGGAUCCGAUUUCAGAAGCUACAGCGGAAAGUAAACUUCAUCGCCUGAAGGAGAUUCUUCAAACUGAAGUCCUUCGUGACAGUAGCAAAGAUAUGCUGAAGAAAGACAAAUAUAAGUACGGGAGAGAGGGAAGCAAGCUUAGUGAAGAUGGUGAUGCAGAUCUAAGAAAAAAAGCGAUGGUGAAUAACUAUUUAGCAGAAGCAAAGGAAAAGAAGGAGACUUCCAACAUUAGCAAGGCAUCAACAGAAAAAUCGGACGCUUAUAGUUAUGUACCAAACAGCGGACACAAUCGUGGUAUGUCACAGACAGCUAAUGAUCAAAGUAGAUCGAAUAGCGAUUCGUCAAUAUUCAGCAAUGAUCAUGCGUGUGAUGAUACGAAACGAGACAGAACGAGUAGUAUGGCCUCGUGUCAAAGCAAUAGCAUGAAACAAGGCACUGCAUCAGUUGACACACCGAAAACGGAGAGGACUGUCCGGUUUAGUGGCCGAGUGUCCAAAAUGAGCUGUGUUAGUCACCAUGGUAUGUCCCGGGUUUGCCUCAGGGAGGCAGCUGCGGAGAAGCAGGGAUCAUCAGACGAAGACGACGAGGAGCCUUUGUCACUGGCGUUUCCCGACUCGCAUCUAAUGCGUAUUUAUUAUAUUAUAAAGUUUCCAAUAGUCAUUUUGCUUUUCUUCACAUUACCCGAUGUCCGCCGACCGAAAAUGCGAAAGUUUUUCCCCUUGACUUUUAUCGGAAGUAUUUUAUGGAUUGGAGGAUUCUCAUAUUUAAUGGUGUGGUGGGCGUCGACAACAGGAUCAACGCUAGGGAUACCUCCCGAGGUUAUGGGCCUCACUUUCAUAGCAGCUGGUACAAGUAUCCCCGAUCUUAUUACUAGCGUACUGGUUGCUAGGGAAGGCCUUGGUGACAUGGCUGUGUCAAGCUCGAUUGGCAGCAACAUUUUUGAUGUGACUGUUGGGUUACCUGUCCCAUGGCUGGUGUGGAGCGGGAUUCACUCGUUCAAUGCUUAUAGGGUGGAUAGCUCUGGUCUGUUCUGCUCAACGAUUCUUCUUUUCCUAAUGCUUGUGUCAGUCGUUGCAGCUAUUGCGAUAUUCAGGUGGAGGAUGACAAAAUACCUGGCAGCUGCAAUGUUCAGCCUAUACGCGUUAUUUAUUACAAUAACAUUGCUUAUUGAAUAUAAAAAGAUAGGAUGCUUCAUCAAGUAAGCAGUUCUUAUCCUAUUUAUUGGAAAUUGAGGAUAUGUCAUGACGCUCGAGUAGCAUUCACUUGCUCACUGGAGACAAAUGUUCGUGAAGUAUAGCUUAAAGCAUGAAUAGUCACGACGUUUCCAAAUUGAAAAUCCUUCAUCCAAGAUGAUGUCAUCUGAUUUUCACAUAUGGGAGCCAGUGAUGCAACGAUUGCGUAGAUGACACGGUAUAACUAAACGACACCAUGAUGCUGUAGAAAAAGGCAACAAAACGACGGGUAACGGCACGCUACGUAAAUACAUAUAGAGAAAUUUUAAGGAAGCGUUGAAUGAUAUAGGGACCUCUGUCCUUCAUGACUGUCAUACAUACAUACUAGUCGUAUAAUAUUUGCGAUUUAGAAAGUUUCUCCAUUUAACACCGUGCUGCUACUCGUCAUUAAGCAUUCUCGUCAGUGGGCAUAACCUUAAAUCAAGUUACAAGUGACUAAUUUGAAUAAGGUCUUGUUGUAUAUACGUAAGCUGUUACUAAGUCUGCAUACAGAGAUUGUCGUUUGCUUUACUUUCAAAUAACAACUUUAUCAUUCUCAUCCCAUUUCUCGCGAAUUUUAAAAUUGAGUCAGCUCUACAAAGAGCUCUAUAAAUGGAUAAUGAAAUACUUAUCAUAUUUAUGUCAACUCUAAUUCUCUAGUGUGACAUGUUAAUACAAAUCUUUGACUGCAUUAAAAAACAAGUGAACAAUGGCUAAAUUUUGAUAAAUCCUUUAGAAUAGAGAAUUUCUACAACACAUAUCUGGCAUGGUAAAGACAGCAUCGAAACUUUGACUUAACAAACGUGUUUUAACUCUUCAGUUUCCAGUCUAUUAAGACCAUGUUAGGAAAGUUUCCUGAAAACGGCUUUACCCAACCGACUCAAAGAUGAGCAUAAAUGUUAUUUUGUGUAGAUCUGCUUUGACUGUUGUUUCGAAAAAAAGGAUCUUAAAGGUUCAAUAACGACAAAACCAUUGAGUAUUUUAAUAACGACUAGGUCUACGGAUUGAGUCUUGUUUUCUCAUAACCACAUUAGGGCAUGCACUUUGCGAUAGGCUGGAAAGUACAAUUUCACUUUCUCUUUUUCACGUGUUUACAGAGUAGUUCAAAACUGUUAGCCCAUAGAAAAAUAUUACGUCAUUUGACUAGAUGACGUAAUAUUUGCGUUCUUUGCGAUUAGCUAGCUGUAAAAUGCACUUUCACAUCUUUGUCAUUUGCAAUUCUUUGUAAAUUAUGAAUGGGAAUGGGACCCUAACUUAUGUUCAGACUUCAGACUAUUCAGAUUUUCUUCUAUUACGAAAGCAGUGAUAUAUAUUGUUACAACUCCGUUCCAAAGGGGAAGAUUGUGAUGUUUAAGAAACGAAGGUGCUUGAUAUUCUAAAGAUUGGAUAAUUGGGGGUGGCGUCUUUUAAUUGGAUGAGAUUAAGUUUUCUAAAAGCUGUCUAAAAGGUCCUAUGUUGUACUAAUGAUCUUCAAAAAGUGUCCUAUUCCUGGAAAGCUGGCGUCACCAUGGGCUCCGACACAGGUUGGAAAGUGGGGGCAUAACCCCCCGGACAACCCUUCCUCGGAGGCCCUGGGCGUCACAAUGGAACAAAUCUUUCUUUACAUAGCUGUUCCUUAUUCAGUACGGUGUGGAUCUAACUAACAGCAUGCUAAAAGGUUCAAAACCUAUCUUUUAUUUUUCUAUGCACAAUUUAGACAUACCUGUUGUAUAUUGUUAAAAGAAAAUUGUCUAGAGAAAAAGUAGUAUUUGUCUUAAACUUUAUUUUAUUUAUUAAUUAAUAUAUUUAUUGUGUAUAUUAAUUUAUGAUUUGUUGAUGUGAUUGCGUGUAAAUAAAGACAAACAAGCUAUAAAUAUAAUUGGCUGCAAAAGUUGUUUUUAUUCUCCUUAUUUUCUCAAAUAUCUUUAGAACAACUCGACUUGAAUUAACUUGAGGCGUCUUGAUAUCAAUAUGGAAUGUUGUCAUUUUCCCUAUGUUGUCACUGUCCCUUUUAUCACACUACUUACUAUUCUUUUAAUGCUGUCUGAAUUGUUAAUAAAAACCCCAAGAUAGUUUUUGCAGAAAUUUAUCUGCAGCAAGUAAAUUUCACACCAUUUUUCCCAAAUAUGUAUUUAUUAACCUUUAAAGGCAAUCUGUCUCGUUGUGGAUUGGUAAACGAGAACAAUAGCUGGAACAAUAGCCUAAACACGAUUCCAGCGCUCUGCCAUAUUUAUAACAAUGCGAUAAAUUAAAGGGGGACUGGAAACAAUAAAAAAUCCCUUUGUUCUUAUAAUCAAUCAACGUCGUGACAGAUUGCCUUUAACAUUUGAGAAAAAGAGUAAACAAAAUGUGAUUAAAAUAACCAACCCGGCCAAUAGGAUAAUAUAUGUUCAUUUCUAGAACACAUUUCAUUAGACGCUCUUUUCCACCGAAAAAAAGUUUUUAGCGACUGCCACUUAGGAUAAUCAUCACAUAGUAGUUCGUAGGCGAUGAAACAUCGAAAAAGAAUUUAUCGCAUUAAAAUAGCGAUUAACAAUGUCCCUUGUUUCAAAAUCCCUUUACUUUUGAGAUUAGGCAAGUAACUGAGAGUUUUCGUAACAAGAUCUGAAAUAUUAUUCCUUUUAGGUAGUCGCUAAAUGUGAAAUGACGAGAGUUGAGCACGGAUUAGUCUAUUUUCCCAAAGAACACAACUAUUGCUAAUAUAACGGGCACGUAGCUUGACAGCGGGAUCGUUAACUAUCUUAUGAACAGCGAAACUUCUUACUCACAAUUGCAAAAAAAGUAGCAAAGCAAUACUACCAAAACCGAAACUCCAGCGAAAAUAUCGCUAAAAAUGGACAAAAUGGAGAAUAUUUCCUUCCUAAUAUGUUACUGUUUCUCAUUUCAUCUAAUAUUGUACAUCUCAUUGUCUAUAUCCGCCUCAAGACAGAACAAGCUUCGUAUCAAUUUGAUGACUUUAUACAAAUUUGAGGACAAGAAAUAGGCUUUAGACAGCACGUGGUGCUUCGCAAAAUGUCAUUACUACCGAAGUCCUGUCUACUACAGGGGCUUAAAUGAAAAAUCAGAUAGGAAGUACCUCAGACAGAUGGCAAAUUGGAACGAAACUUCCUCGUGGGCGAUUCGUUUGAUUCAAUACAAAUAAAAACAUAUACACAAGUCAUAAACGAAACUGUCAGAUUCGUUAAAGUGAGUACAAUAAAUUGAGAUACAGAUUUAAAGUAAAAAACUGUACAACGAGAACAUUAACUAGAAAGGUUAAUACAGAGCAUUUAAGACUAGAAACACAUUUGAUAUUACCACACAGAGUUUGCGUUAGUUAUCGCCACAAACUUUGGACGAAAUUCGAAAGUUCUUUUGUAAAAACAGAGAGUCACAUGCCUAGAGCCAUUCGAAGCAAAAGGAGCGGACUUGCUAAUAAUUCAAGAGGGUAAAAAGACUCACCAAUGCAAGGUAACUGCAGAAUGAAACAAAUUCAACCAUGGGUGCUUGCAAGUUAAGUAAAUUUGAAGAGAAAGAUUCGUCAAAUACUCUUCUACCCUUGGGAUUUUAAAUACACGUUAUUGCAAAGUCCAAAUCAAACAAUUCUAAACAAUUCAAGAGUCGAUAACAC